GCCUGUUUCGUCCAUCCCCGCCAUUUCCGCCCUCGCCCUUCCCUCUACCCUGAAUCUCAUCCAUACUCUCAUUUCCAUCCUCUCUUCCUCUCUCUCGCAAGGCGUGCACGCCACUUCCCUCGUUGGGACCGCCUUCGCAUUCGCACGAAAAGAAUAAAACACUCAAUCUCUCAUCAGGGUUUCUUUGAUUUCUUCUUCCCAUCUCUCCUACUGGACUCACCUCGCCUUCUGCUUAUUCGAUCAUCUCUCUUCACUACCCGUACAUGUUCCCGUCAGAGACGACGACGCUACAAUAGAACCCAGAAUCAGAUCGAUAUCCAAUUCAUAAUGCCGACAAUAUUGUUACCCGCCUCUGCUGCUGCCUUUGCCCCGCGAUCGACAUGCAAUGUGGUGCUCAACACCAAAGUGGAACCGUGGCUGACGGCCACCCUCAAGAGAAUCAACAAGAUCAAGCGCCCGCUCAACAGUGUUCCGCAGCACACGAAAUGUUUGACCGAGACGCUCUCCUCGCCGAAUGCCAUCUGGUCAUUGUGUUCCAUCAUGGUCUCCAAGGCACCGGAAGCCGAGUUACGGACAGACUCAAAUCCGCUGGUGGAGGCCUUGUUCAACUAUCAACUAAUCCACAUCGAAGCCUACGUCGUACACGUCGACAUGGUGUCGCAGAACGAGGUCGCCUUCAAGCUUACCCAAGACACGAUUGAUUCGCUGGUCGAGUAUCAUAAAGAUGUCUUCUCCGUCGACACGGCGGCAAAGACCUGGUCAUGGUCCGAGAAGGAAGCACAACUGAAAAAGUUGCAGGACGAGUUUGUCCAAGCUGCCAACAAAUUUGUCUAUAGGACGAAUGUCCAUGCCUUGGAGGGCAUGGAAGAAGAUGGUGCCGGCGAACUCCUGUGUGGGCGGAGCGACGAGGUUCGCGCCGCCGUCAUGGGGCUCUACGUUCCGCUUCUACCGCCUCCACCGAGGAUUGUAGAUGUCGUCCGCCCGACCCCGCUGCUUCCAAGCUCGACAGGCGCAGAACAGUGGUGGCCCUCGCAACAUAUGCAGGCCAUCCAACCUGCGCCCGUCGAGGCGUGGAAGAUUAUCCCGUCGAGCCCAAGUCCAGUCUCGUCCUGUGACUCGAACCAGAACAUUUGGACGGGGGUGGGCAUGCACGAAAUUCAGCUGCCGUCACCAACACCUUCCUUCAGCCAGCCGUACUCUUCAGCUGCUUAUAGCGCGCCGCAAUACUACAGCUCUCCAGCUUACAGCACUCCGUCGAGCGCAUCGUCCUUCGCACCGCUCCCUCUCCCCAGUAUGUUGACUCAACAGCCGUGCAGUACAUCUGCAAGCCUGAGCACAUUCGGGUGGGAUCGUUAUCAAGAAUACACGAUGCCUUAUGCGACGGCCAUGUGACGAUGAACAGUGGAUGUGGACAUUGCCUUUAACACUGCACACCAUGAUACCAGGCAACAGCGCUCUUGAUAUUGCAGUCUUCCGAACAAAGACGAUCACAAAAGCAAGCGGGAAUUUAUAGCCUUGAGCAUCACCAUUAGAGUUUCUGAUCUUGAUUUUAGCGACACAAGGAUACCACUCUGCAUUUGACAUGGGAAUAUUGGAAUAAUACGGUACGGGGAACGGGGUUUGAUUUUCCAGCAAGCGUGGGGAUUUUGAUUCUACUCUGCUUUUGCUUUUGUUUGUCUUGUUGUGGGAUUUGGAAACGCUCCGAGCAUACCCCAGCGCAGGUCGGCUGGUUGGCAUAUAUAUGAUAUCCCUGGGUUGGAUACAGUCCCUUAUUUUUCGCAAGAACGGAAAGCCUCACGGCUGGUAUGGGAGGUUUGGGAUAUAUGCAUGGAUUUCUUAUUUGAGUCGGGGUGAGAGUCACUUCUUUUUGUCAUUGGGCUAGUCUCGUUGAUGAGAGAGCGCGACACGCCUGUUUGGACCGAAGACUUGUUGUCACUGGUUGCCAACAAUUCAAGGUCUGAGCACCGACACGGUGGUGAGCUAUCACAUCGGGCAUGUGGUACUCAGUGCCGUACUGCAGGACAUCUCUUUGCUUGUUUCGUGGAACGAGUCGUGGCUGGAAGUUAUACCAUGCCUGUGGCAGAGAAUGACAACCAUCGAAGUCCGUGACUUUGUGGGCAGCUAUGACAGUUCGACGGGAGUGGCAAAGACGAUGGAGUGUGGUAUAUAGGGUCAUCUCCUAUAUCUUCGGCCUGGAGUCGAGGGAGCCUUUUCAGUCCAUUGAGUGGACGAGGAAUCUGAUGCUGGAACAUAAAGAGGCAUUUUGUGCUCGAUACAUAAAGAUAAUCUCAAACAAAUGUGAACAUCUUCUCCAGUGUUUGUGGGUUCUGCUCCAGGUGGUAUUUGUGGGCAUCAUCGUG